AUGACAUCUAUGCAGAGUCAUGACGAUUCUAUAAUCAUUCCCUAUGACAACCUGAGAAAGAAGAUCCAGGCUGUCGUUGGUGAUCCGCCCGCCAAGGAACUCGUCUUCGACGGGACCUUAUCUGAGAACUAUCUCCAGUGGCGUGUUGCCAUCCUAGAGAAGUUGAAUAAGUUUGACGACGCUCCCAACCGUAUUCAAGCUGAAGCUGUCGCAGCCUGCGUCAUAUCAAGGCAUCCCUAA